AUGACCGUAUUUCGUGAUUUGGACACUGGAACUUUUUAUACUGAAUGGUAUAGAAAACCAGUUGCUUCGGGACUAUUGCUUAACUACAAAUCAAUUCACCCCAUGAAUCAGAAGAUUAGUGUCGUUACUGGGCUCAUUGAUCGUGAUAAUCGCCUUAGUCAUACACGGUUCAAAUAUGAAAAUGAUGAACUAGUAACGAAGAUGUUGACGGGAAACGAUUACCCACUGAGAUUGAAGCCGAGUGUGAUGCACAAGAUAUGGAUGAACAAGAAGCAAGUGGAUGAACAAGAAGCCGAGUGUGAUGCAACAGAAUAUGCAGUGCCACAUGGUUGGCUUCAACACACCAGCGACAAACAAAACGAAUGGUACAAGUACGUUUACGAAAUGAUAAGACUGCAAUUGUGGAUUGACGAUCGCAAUAUUCUGCCGCAAAAUGAAGAUAACCAAUGGAAAACUUUCAAUGCAAUUCCACAAAAUGGCAAUGAUCUACAUCACAUUCGCUUCGACACCGAAGGCUGGAUUGAUGUUACUAAUUUACUGUUGUCAAACUCAUUUAAAACACAGAGAAAUGCAAAAGGUGCUUGGGAUACUGACGACAUGAAUAACUUUUGGAAACGCUUUGUCGAUAUCGAAAAAUUGAACAAACCGAGCCAAAAAUUCGGCUUCUCGUUCACCACGAAUGGUAUAAGCGCUCAUUUGGUUAGACCCAAGCGAUGUGCUACCGUUGAUGAGCAGCAACAAGAUCAGCAGCCAAGCACAAGCACCAGCAACAACAAUAACAGUAACAGUCGUCCACCGGUAAUUAUACCGCCCGAUGUCCAAGCAGCAUACGAAACGGAAAAGCGUAUUACAAAAAUUUAUGGUGAUGAUCCUGGCAUGAAAGUUAUGGUUGCCUCCACAUGUCUGGACUUGGAGACAGGCAUUGAAACAUCGUAUCGUUUAAAAACGAAGCAAUGGCAUCAUCGGUCGGGCACUUUUAGAAGACGAACAAAACUCUUUCGCUACACCGGCGACUUUGAGAAAAGGUGUAAACAAAUCCGCGAAAACCACGAUGAGUACCCGCAGCAACCAUCGCCCAAAAGUCGAAAUUUCGAUAAAUAUCUCGACUAUCAAAUUCGAGUGUUCAACGAAUCGUGUGAAGUGAAAUAUCAAGAUCCUGUUACACGAUUGAAAUUCGACAAGUACGUUGAACGAGAGAAAAUGUUUCAUGUUAUAGCGAAGGAAAUGACCGGUCUGGCAAAGAAAAUCGAAAACCGUGCGGAUCGAACAAUCAUUUAUGCGGUAGGCGAUGCAAGAUUUGCCGCUGGUUCGCCCAUAAAAGGACAUCUACGCAUGCCAAUAAGAGGCAUUAUCGCUAUACUGAACAAAUACUAUGUACUGUUAGUGGAUGUGGAUGAGUUUCGCACUUCAAUGCUUUGCAGCCGUUGUCAUUGUAUGCUUCAAAAGCCAAAAUACCAUAAACCAGAGAGCAGAAACAUUAAAGACCGUUUUCUAGUUUGCCCCAACUGUAAACCGGCAAAUAAUGUUCUGCCCGUUCCGGUUACAUGGGUUGGUCGAAUUCAUAAUUCGAAGAAGCACCUGCCAAAUGAUGGAAUGCAUUUUGAAUUCACUGCCGACAAACAACAGCAACGCAUGAAUCGCACAAAAGGAAAAUAUCUCACCAUUAUUUGGGAUCGAGAUAAUAAUGCGUCACGAAACAUGAUCUACAAGACGUUGUGUGCAUUGACCAGAACACCCAUGCAUCAUCAUUUUAGCCGUGAUACAAGCAGACCAACGGUCUUGGCUUGUACCACCAACCACAAAUAAACCACAACAAUAAUUUCUACCUAGGGCGUCUUGUUUUAUGAUAAAUAAGUAGUGAUUCUAGGAUUAAAGUACACUUUAAUCCUUUAAUCCACUUUGUUUUAUGAUAAAUAAGUAGUGAUCCUAGGAUAAAAGUACACUUCGGUGUAUUUGAAUUUGCUUUUGAAAUAAAUCACAGCUUGUCCAUAUAGAAUCGCAAA